AACCCCCAGGCAGCCAGCACUCGCUGCCUCCUUCCCCCCGAGCGGAGCUGCGGGGCCGGCCGGGCCGGGGCGGACCCCGGGAACCCGGACGCGGCCGCCCGGGCCCGCGGGCGGGGGGGACCGGCCCCAGGGGCCGCCACCAUGGAGUUCCGCCAGGAGGAGUUUCGGAAGCUGGCGGGUCGCACCCUCGGGAAACUGCACCGGCUUCUAGAGAAGCGGCAGGAAGGUGCGGAGACGCUGGAGCUGAGCGCUGACGGGCGCCCGGUGACCACUCAGACGCGGGACCCUCCAGUCGUGGACUGCACCUGCUUCGGCCUUCCUCGCCGCUAUAUCAUCGCCAUCAUGAGCGGCCUGGGCUUCUGCAUCAGCUUCGGCAUCCGCUGCAACCUGGGCGUGGCCAUCGUGUCCAUGGUCAACAACAGCACCACCCACCACGGGGGGCACGUGGUGGUGCAGAAAGCCCAGUUCAACUGGGAUCCAGAGACUGUUGGCCUCAUACACGGCUCCUUUUUCUGGGGCUACAUUGUCACGCAGAUUCCUGGAGGAUUUAUCUGCCAAAAAUUUGCAGCCAACAGGGUCUUCGGCUUUGCUAUCGUGGCUACGUCCACUCUAAACAUGCUGAUCCCUUCAGCUGCACGCGUCCACUACGGCUGCGUCAUCUUCGUGCGGAUCCUGCAGGGGUUGGUAGAGGGGGUCACGUACCCUGCCUGCCACGGGAUCUGGAGUAAAUGGGCCCCACCCUUAGAACGGAGUCGCCUGGCCACAACGGCCUUUUGCGGUUCCUAUGCUGGGGCAGUGGUCGCGAUGCCCCUGGCGGGGGUCCUGGUGCAGUACUCAGGAUGGAGCUCCGUGUUCUAUGUCUACGGCAGCUUCGGCAUCUUCUGGUACCUUUUCUGGCUGCUGGUGUCUUACGAGUCCCCUGCGAUGCACCCCAGCAUCUCAGAAGAGGAGCGCAAAUACAUUGAGGACGCCAUCGGCGAGAGCGCCAAACUCAUGAACCCCGUCACGAAGUUUAACACUCCCUGGCGGCGCUUCUUCACGUCCAUGCCUGUUUACGCCAUCAUAGUGGCCAAUUUCUGCCGCAGUUGGACGUUCUACCUGCUGCUUAUCUCCCAGCCCGCCUACUUCGAAGAGGUGUUCGGCUUUGAGAUCAGCAAGGUGGGCCUGGUGUCAGCGUUGCCCCAUCUGGUCAUGACCAUCAUCGUGCCCAUCGGCGGCCAGAUAGCAGACUUCCUGCGGAGUCGCAGAAUCAUGUCCACUACCAACGUGCGCAAGUUGAUGAACUGUGGGGGCUUCGGAAUGGAGGCUACCCUGCUGCUGGUGGUUGGCUACUCGCAUUCCAAAGGUGUGGCCAUCUCCUUUCUGGUCCUCGCCGUGGGCUUCAGUGGCUUCGCCAUCUCGGGGUUCAACGUGAAUCACCUAGACAUCGCCCCGCGCUACGCUAGCAUCCUAAUGGGCAUCUCCAACGGCGUGGGCACGCUGUCGGGCAUGGUAUGCCCCAUCAUCGUGGGCGCCAUGACUAAGCACAAGACGCGGGAGGAGUGGCAGUACGUGUUCCUAAUCGCCUCUCUGGUGCACUAUGGGGGCGUGAUCUUCUAUGGGGUCUUUGCUUCUGGAGAGAAGCAGCCGUGGGCGGAGCCUGAGGAGAUGAGCGAAGAGAAGUGUGGCUUCGUUGGCCAUGACCAGCUGGCUGGCAGUGAUGACAGUGAAAUGGAGGACGAAGCUGAGCCCCCCGGGGCACCCCCUGCUCCCCCUCCCUCGUAUGGGGCCACACACAGCACAGUGCAACCCCCAAGGCCCCCGCCCCCGGUCCGGGAUUACUGACCACGUGCCUCCCACUGAAUGGCAGUUUCCAGGACCCCCACUGCACACACCUCUGGCCUGAGCUGCAGUGCGAAGGGAACCCCCCACUGCUCUCUGCCCUGCCUCAGGCCUCAGAAAGCACUCUCCCUCCUUCCCAGUGCCGUCAAGUCUUCUUCCCAGACGCCUCUCAGGGGUAGUGAGGCUGCAGACUGGCAGUUUCAAGGAUACCCACAUUUCCCUAGUAAGUUACCGGGUCUCCUUUCCCCACUCGUCUGCCUCAGUGGUUUCAGAUUUCUCCUUUCAGGGCUUUAUUUCAAUGGACAGUCAAACUUCUUACUCUUUUCUUGUGGUUUUAAGGCACUUUUUGUUUCUUUUAACCCCAGGGAUUGUCAGGUUACUCCUUGGGGUUACCCAGC